AUGUCGGAGUUCUGGCUGAUUUCUGCCCCGGGAGAUAAAACAAAUCUUCAGGCAUGGGAGAGGAUGAACACGGUGACGUCUAAAUCCAACCUGUCCAGCAACAGCAAAUUCCAUAUUCCAGACUUAAAGGUGGGGACACUGGAUGCUCUUGUCGGUCUGUCAGAUGAGUUGGGAAAACUUGAUAGCUUUGCUGAAAGCAUAAUCAAGAAAAUAGCCCAGUACAUAGGAGAAGUUAUGGAGGACUCAAAAGAUAAAGUCCAGGAAAAUCUUCUGGCCAAUGGAGUUGACCUAAUUAGCUACCUGACACGGUUCGAGUGGGACAUGGCCAAAUAUCCCAUAAAGCAGCCGCUGAAGAAUAUCUCGGAAGCAUUAGCAAAGCAAGUGACUCAAAUAGAAGCAGACCUAAAGACCCGAUCAGCUGCAUACAACAACAUUAAAGGAAAUCUGCAAAGCCUGGAGAAAAAAACUGUGUAA